UCAGUUAAAAUUUCAUUUCUAACAAGACAUUGAUUUUAGGUUAAGUUAUGUCAUGGGACUUUCGAAGUAGAACAUAAAAUAUAAACAAUGUCUAAUCAAACAAAUUGUAAAGUGAACUCGGACGGCAGUGUAUGUUUGAAAGAAAUUAUCAAUUCCUUCAACUCCCCCAUACGUGAAGAACAUGCUUGGGCUUUGUGUUAUCAAUGUGCAAAAUAUUUUACUGAAUGUCUUUCUUCUAGAAGACGAGAUUUAUUCGUUAUAAAAGAAGUUGAACAUGUGUAUCUUCAAACCGAUGGUAAUGUACACGAAAACACUACGAAACCAUUGGGUGAAUCUAGAAAAUUAUUACAAAAUGAACAUGACAUAAUUGGUUCUUUAGGAGUUGUUAUAUACACAACACUGAGUCAGGGUACAGAAAAUGGAGAAGAAAGGUUGAUAAGUCAAGAUUUGGAGUCUCUAAUUAGUGAUAUGAUACCUGACGAUACUGCUCAUCAUGAAACUGAUGAUGAAGGUAUUGAAAGGGACUCAGAAGAGGCAGAUGAAGCUGGGCCCUCAAGGGUCAAUACUCAAAUAACAUUAGAAGAAAUUCUGAAACGUUGUGAAGUUCAUCUUGGUACUCUAACAAAAAAUCAAGUGGAAGCCCACUAUAAAGCUGUAGUUAGAGCAUUUGUAACUGAAGCACUUGAGUUGACAAUGUUUCUUCAAAAGGUAAAACAAGGAAGUAUUUCAUUACAAACAAAUAGUGCUAUGAAUCCAAAUUUAACUCAGUUAAAUUUCUCUGACUGGGCCAAGUUUUGGGUUCAGGUUAUGAGUGAAUUAAGAACAGGUGUUAAAUUGAAGAAAGUGAACUAUAGCAAAGCACCAAUUGAAUAUGAGCUGACACCUUAUGAAAUAUUAAUGAAAGACAUCAGAAGUUGUAGAUAUAAUUUAAGAAAAAUAAUGAUUAAUGGGAAUGUUCCUUCAAGAGUAACAAAAGAUGCUCAUGCUAUUAUCUUAGAAUUCAUUAGAUCUCGUCCGCCUCUUAAAAAAGCUUCAGAAAGAAAAUUACCUGAUCAACCACAAUGCUUCACACCACGUGAAAAACUACUCAAUUCCAUAAGACUGGGAAAGAAACUCAGGCCAACUCCAUCUCCAAGAAUAAGCCGCACAUUGUCUACUGCAGAAGGGUCUAAAGAAGGGUUCCCUAGACCUAGAAAACUGAUCAAAGUCGACUUCAGUCAAUUGGAGGAUUUUGAUGAUGAUGAUUCUGAUAGUCCAGAUAUCUCAGAACCUGGUUUAUGGUCUUCUGAAUAUUCACAAAUCUGCGAUACAACAGAUGCUGCUUUAGAACCGUAUGAUCUAGCAACUCAGGAUGUGGGUUCUAGAACAAAUGUACGUAGACAUACUUUGGGUGUCUUGAACAGUAACUUGGGGUGUUACUCUGUACCCCAGUCUCGACCAUGCUCCAGACAGUCAUGUAAUAGUUCAGAAGCGGAAUCUGUACAAUUAGAACCAGAGAUGGCAAAACUAAUCCAAGAAGGGUUGAUGGAUAUGAAGAAAUGGGAAGAAAGCCUAUCUCUAGAUGAUAGAUUGUCUUUAACUUUAUCUGAAAUUGUUCACAUUCGUUCAGUUCUUACUAAGGCUGAACUGGACGCUUUACCUUCUGAAGGACGGAUAAGACAUGAUGUUGAAGCUCGAAAAGUUUGUUUUCUCUGUCUCAAGACCAGAUUUGGAAUUUUUGGUCCCUGGGGACAGAGAUGCACACUAUGCAAACGCACAAUAUGUUCCAAAUGUUAUUCUAAAAUGAAUAUACCUAUGGAAUACUUUUCCACUGUACCUGUGGUGUUGUUAAGUCCUAGCAUUAUGGCAACUCCUGAAGAUGAGCUUAAUAAUAGUUUCACUAGAUCUUUAGUAAUCAAAAUGAAAGAGGCUGAGGGUAUUUUGAAUAAAGAUAGUCCAAGUACUAGUGUCAGUAAUGAGGAAAAUAAAGAAAGCGGUAUGUUUGAAGCUAAAUCUACAACUGCCAGUCGAGCUGCUAGAGUAAUGAGUAAAUUGAAAACGGGGAACCAAAUGGUGGUAUGUCACGAUUGUAAGAGGAUGGUCCUACAGAUAAUACAGUCUGCUCGGGUCAAUCGCUCAGCUAUUCGUAAUAAAACAAUUCAAAACAUGACAUUGAAUUUAUCACCAGUUUUCUGAAUUAUUCAUUUUCGAAUCAAUAAAAUCGUAAGUAACAUUCCAUUUCUUAUUUUAAUUAAUUAUUUGUGAUAUCGAUUAUUGUACAUUUUAGCACUAAACAUAGGAAAAAUGAUAUUAUAUUAUUAAGUAAUUAAAUGUUGAGGACAGCACAAUUUACCUCUACUUUGAAUAUUUUCAGAUUUUUAGUAUUUGCAUAUUGAUUUUUUGUUUGUGUUUGCUUUGUAGAACAAUAUUUGCAGUAAUUGUGUUACUUCUAUUUAUACUGUAAUUCAGUUAUAAAUUUCUCUGCAAAAGUUUUAAAAAGUAAACAAAUUGUAUAUAAUGAUUUUCAAACCUCAGUAAAGGGUUCCUAUUUUUGUUAUUGACUUGUAUCUUAAGCUGAAGUUCUUUGUUCAUAACGUAUAUAUUGAGAAUUGAAUAGUGAUUGAUAGGACCAUUGUUAUUAUAUCAGAUGUUUAAAAGUAGAAAAAAGACGUAACUUAACAUCUUCUCUUGAAUUUUCCUAACAAUUCUACUUAAAUUGAAUUAUUGAUGACAAUUUAUGAAUUCUAAUAGAAUUUUGUAUCAUCCAGGACUUCCAUUUCAUGCCUAGCUAACUUAUGAUAUAGAAAUAAUAUUUUCCUUUCAAUUCGAAACUAAACUGUUUAGUAUCGAGUAUUUAUUUUUCAUUGUUAAUCUACAAUGGGCGGCCAAUUAAAUAUCAACUUCUGAACGCAGAAUAGGCUAUUUGACAAAUUUUUCAAAUCCUCUCAAAUUAUCCAGUGAUGCUUAUUGGGUACAUAAAAAGUAAAGACUCAUUCAUUUCAAGUAAAUAGCAAUCAAAUAGUAAAAAUUUAAAGAGGCAUAUAAGAAAGUGUUUGUUUUCAUUAUUGAUUCGACCAUUUUCUCGUUUUCUUCUGGGAAAAUCAGUUUGAUGUAAGUAAUUUUAAAUAUUACUUUGAUUUCUUAUAUUCUUAAUUUAGAAAUUAGUUUGAGGUUAGAAUUCAAUGUUGUUUUAAAUGGCCUAAGGUUUCAUUGAACUUUCUAUAGAGAAAAACCUGUUCAGGCACAACAUAACUAGCAUAUUUAUAAAAUGUCAAAAUUCGAGAAAUUGACCAGAAGCCAAUGAUACAAGAUGGCAAAUAACACGUUUCUCAUAACGUGGUUUUUUGAGUUUUUCAGAUCUUUUUAGUUAUCUAACAGCAUAUUUUUUCUCAAAUUUUCUGCCUAAUUUAUGGGGAUGUUAAUAUUUUUCACACUGUCAAAUAGCUUCCUGAUACUAGUUCUUUCUGUAUUAAAUAAGUAGUUUUUGGUUUCUGAGAGUUUCACACAAAGCUACAAAAAAAUUGGAGUUAAGUUCAGUUUAAGUAUGGAACAUUAUUCAUCGACAUUUUCUUUAUUUUUGCUAUGUAAAUGAAUUUAUUAGAUAGUUUUGAAUAGGCAUCUCAUUGAAAUGCCAUUUGAAUUUACUAAACACUUCUCAUCAGUUUUUUCAGUUCUAAGCUACAAUUGUUCCACUUGUAUCUUAAUCAAUAAAGUUAUACUAACAUACAUCCUUGAAAUUUUUAUAAUUUGAAGGAUAUAUUCACCUAAAUAUUUAGUUAUAAUUAAUUACUAUCAACUAAAAGUCUUAUAGUGAAUAUAUUUUCUCAACAAGGAAGUCCUGACAUUAAUUUUUUUAAAUUGUAUUAAAAUUUGGAUCUGCACAAUUUUUCUUGAAUUAACCUCUUGUGAACGACUUCUAAUGUUAUUUAGUUUUACUUCUUUGACUUUCAUUCACUAUUUUUAACCAUUUCUCAGUACCUAGACUGAAAAUAUUUUAAACCAUUCCUUAUUUACCAAAGAUAUUAAAUAGUGAAAUUGAAUUGAAAUGCAGCAACGCCUAUAAUUAAGUGAAUUAGUUUAUUGACUAUUGGAGUAUCAUGUACUUUGUAUUGUAUGUGAGUUUUACAAAAUGUUUCUGUGUUAAUUGUCAAAUAUAAGGAAAAAAGUUGAUAUGAGGACCGAUGGUUGUCACAAGGAGAAAAUUUUGAAAUUAGCUAAGGUUGAAUGUUUACCAUAUGUUAAUGUUUUUACUUGUAUUUUUUUGUUUAAUUUCAAUGAUUCUGCAAAGGUAUCAUGUGAAUUCAUCAAGAAACGAAGAAUAAAGCAAAUAUAUCAUA